AUGGCUUCAGAUCGGAAGGUUCUAGCUUUCGAAGAAGUUUCAAAGCACAACCAAACCAAGGAUUGUUGGCUUAUUAUCUCCGGCAAGGUGUAUGAUGUGACCCAAUUCAUGGAUGAUCAUCCUGGAGGCGACGAAGUCUUGUUGUCCUCAACAGGGAAAGAUGCUACGAAUGAUUUUGAAGACGUUGGUCACAGCGACACUGCAAGAGAAAUGAUGGAGAAAUACUACAUUGGUGAAAUCGAUUCAUCUAGUGUUCCAGCUACAAGGACAUACGUUGCACCUCAGCAACCAGCGUACAACCAAGACAAGACACCAGAAUUCAUUAUCAAGAUUCUGCAGUUCCUUGUUCCAAUCUUGAUCUUGGGACUCGCUCUUGUUGUCCGUCAGUAUACCAAGAAAGAGUAG